AUGGGGAAAGCAUCUACAGAAGCUAUGGCUAUGGCUAUGGCUAGAGAUUCGAGGGAAGUGGAAAUUGAUGAUAUACAAAGUUUAAAUCAAACACUCGCUAUACCGAAAGAUUCUCAUACGAAUAAGGUUACGAAUACAUCACAAACGGCACGGAGAACAUUUGGUUCUGGUUCUGGUUCUUUUUUCGCUAUUCAUUCACCGAUUACUUCGAGACCUCUCAAAUCACUCCUUCCAUCUCGUGAUUUUGAAGAGAGGGAGAAAACUUUUCCGAGGAGUAUGAGGGGAAGUUUUUUCAACGCCCAUUCUUCUCGUGAAGAAAUGAAUAAGAAACCUACAACUCCUAAAUCCCUUAAGAGUUUCACCGAUAAUAAAAGAACCCAUCGAAUAUCCCACUUACUCUCGAAUUCGCCCAUUCUUGCCCUUCUCCCUCCACUCAACUUCAUAACCAUCCACUACGCCUAUUUCAUCACCACUCUCCUCAUCACCAGUGUAAUUUUCUGGGGAUUUUCCAAUCCUGGAAAAUCUAUAUCGUAUGUCGAUUCAUUAUUUAUGGUUACGUCGGCGAUGACGGAGGCGGGUCUUAAUACGGUGGAUUUAAGUACGAUGACGACGUUUCAACAGGUGGUGUUGUGGUUGUUGAUUGUGGUGGGGAGUGCGAUUUGGGUUAGUGUGGCGACGGUGAGGAUGAGGAAGAGGGCUUUUGAGGUGAGGUUUGGGGAGGUGGUGGGGAGGGGGAAGAGGGAGAGGGAAAAGAGGAGGGGGAGGGGGAGGGCGGGAGGAGGGGGUAAGAGUGUGGAUGGUGAGGGGUUGGUGGUAGAGGGGAAAUGGGGAGAUGGGAAUGAGAAUGAGAAUGGAAUUGGUAAUGGGGGUGGGAAUGAGAAUGAGAAUGGAAUUGGCAAUGGGAAUGGGAAUAGCAAUAAAAAUGGGAAUGAGUUGGUAGGGGGCGGUACUUGGAAGUCUCCUUCGAAUGGAAGUGGAGAUAUUCUUGAGAUGAAGGAGGGGUCAAAAACUCAACCGGUUGGCGAAAAGAAUGAUGAUGAUUGUAUGACUGCUAUUUCAGAAGUUUCUCCUCAUGAUGGUGUACCAAAGGAUACAGGAGAUCAUAUUACUUUUGCAUCCGAUGCAUAUCCCGCAAAUGUAAAUGGCCCAGAAAAGGGAAAGGGAAAAGCAAAGGACGUCACAAAUGGAAGUCCAAAGAAUGGAAAUACCACACCAGCUCAAUCAACUACUUUCCAACUUCCCCUUACCACCUCGGAAAAUACCACACUCAAACAUCGACUUCACGAAACCAAUAAUCCUCUCCACUAUUCACAAACCGGUCAACAAGAUCUCGCUCCUCUUCAAUACCCCUCCUACCUAAACUCCAACACUACUGGUCGGAACGCUCAAUUUCAUGGUCUCUCACGUGUCGAGAGAGAACAUCUGGGUGGUGUUGAAUACCGUGCUAUAUCAUUCUUGGCAUGGUUAGUCCCAUUAUAUUUUAUCCUUUGGCAAGUACUCGGGGGAAUUGGUCUUGGUGCUUAUAUGGCUUAUAAUAAGGCUAAUGUGGCUCUUGAGAAUGGAAUUAAUCCAUGGUGGUUGGGAUUGUUUAAUGCAAUCAGUGCGUUUAAUAACUCGGGGAUGAGUUUGUUGGAUUUAAAUAUGAUACCAUUUCAAACCUCAGUCUAUACUCUUUUAACAAUGGGUCUACUUAUCCUCGCCGGUAACACAGCCUACCCCCUUUUCCUCCGUCUAAUCCUCUACACCCUCCUAAAACUCAUCGAUACCUUUCCCAAUUUUCUCUCCCCAUUCCAACACCACAAACCCACCCUCCAAUUCAUCCUCCGCUACCCUCGACGCGUCUACACUAAUCUCUUUCCCUCCCGACCAACAUGGUGGUUACUCUUCAUGGUCAUAACCCUCAACUCCAUCGACUGGAUCGCCUUUGAACUACUCAACAUCGGCAACGCCGCCACACAAAUCAUCGAACCUCGCUACCGAGUUCUCGAUGGACUAUUCCAAGCCAUAGCCGUCCGAUCCGGUGGCUUUUAUAUCAUUAGUAUCCCGUCGUUGAGAAUUGGUUUGCAGUUCUUGUAUGUGGUUAUGAUGUAUAUCAGUGUGUAUCCAGUGGUGAUAACGAUGAGACAUUCGAAUGUGUAUGAAGAGAGGAGUUUGGGUAUUUAUGCGGAUGAUUUGCUGGAGGAUAGGGAGGAGUCGAUGUUUGGGUUAGGGGGGAGGAUGGCGAAGAGGAUAAGGAGGAGCUUUUCGGGGAGGGAUUCUAUGGUGGAUUUUGAGGGGGGUGGGAAUGGGAAUGGGAAUGGAAAUGGAGGUGGAAAAGGAAAUGGAAGGGAUGAAACGACGGGUACACAAUUCAUCCACCACCAACUCCGCACCCAACUCUCCCACGAUCUCUGGUGGCUCACCCUCGCCACCUUCUUGAUCCUCUGCAUCGAAGUGUCGAAUUUCUCGCGCGAUCCCGUUACUUACAGUGUGUUUAACGUUAUUUUUGAGGUUGUCUCUGCGUAUGGUUGUGUGGGGAUUAGUGUUGGGUUGCCGGAUCAGAGUUAUUCUUUUAGUGGGGGGUUGGGGGGUGUUAGUAAAAUGGUACUAGUGGCAGUAAUGGUAAGAGGAAGGCAUAGAGGGUUACCGAGGGCACUGGAUCGAGCGGUGAGGUUACCGGGGUGGGAGGGAGAAGGGCUGGGAGAGGAGGGGGGCCAUGUUGGUGGUUUUGGGGAGGAGGGUGAGGAUCGUGAUUAUGGUCGUGAUGGCGAUGGUGAUGGCGAUGGAAUAGGAAAGAAUAUUGAGGUUAAGGGUCUGGGUCUGGGUCUAGGGAGAGACUCGGGAGAACGGGGAGGUGGUGGCCCGGGACUGAGAAAAAGAAGUUGA